AUGGGCGAGCAAAUGAACACAACCAUAGUGGUUCUGCGAAGGCUUGUCCUCAGCGGUUUCCCUUGCCCCGUGCUGCUGGCUGGCCUCCUCAUCACAUUGUUGGUUUUGAUGCUUUACCGCCGGUAUGCAACACCUCUGAGUAACAUACCUGGGCCUUUUUGGGCGUCCGUGAGUCGACUAUGGCAUACAAAAAUGAUACUGCGAGGCAAUCAAGGCGAGGAGUUGCUCCAGCUGCACCAAGAAGUCAAAGGCCACUUUGUUCGUAUCGCGAACAAUGAGGUCAGCGUCUGCCAUCCUGAGGCUUUCAAGGAGCUUCUCUUAACACCUCUCCGAAAAGAUGCAUUUUACAGAAUCUUUGCCUUUCCAGAUUCCAGAUACACGAAUGGCAUGGCAGUCCUGGACCCUAGACAAAAGUCUGAGCACUCGCGGAAUUUUGCUCCUGGCUACAGUCUGUCUAAUAUGGUCAAUUGCGAGGAGGCCAUCGACAAAGUCAUUGGCUUGUUGAUGGAUUGGAUGAGCAAAUAUGCUGAUAGUGGUGAGCCUAUGCAUCUUGAUCGCUUUUGCACCUUCACCUCGAACGACGUCACGAGUGAAGUCCUCUUCUCGCGGCCGUAUGGCUUUCUGGAGAAGGGCUAUGAUAUUGGAAAUGCCAUCGCAAACAACGUGCGUCUCGGCCGUUUCGCAGCUGUGGCAGGCCAUCACUGGAUCAUGCUGAUGAUUCACGCCAUUCUCCUCGCGAACCCAAUUACUACAUGGCUCGGUGUCCUGCCUACUGGCCACAUUUUGGAGGUCACUAUGAAAUCGCUCCGUGAGCGUGAGAACAGGGAAACCAAAGGGGGCAAUCGCUUCGAUCUGCUGGAAUAUUGGCUGAAAACACUUCGUGACCACCCUGAUCGGCUUGACCUGAACACAGUCCAGGGCCAGACCAUUGGAACUGUCGCUGCUGGUGGAGACGCCACGUCGACGGCACUUCAAUCCUUUUUCUACCACAUGAUUAGGCACCCGACAGCGUGGCAACAAGUACGAGAUGAGAUUGAUGCUGCGAGCAAGUCAGGAAGGUGCCAAGACAGAAUCAUCAGCUUCGCUGAUACCCAGAAGCUCCCCUUCUUGCAAUUAUGUAUCAAGGAGGCCAUGCGUGUCUUUUCACCAGUCCACCAGGGUCUUCCACGUGUGGUUCCGAAGCACGGUGUGACAAUAGGAGGCCAUGCAUUUUCAUAUGGCGCCAUCCUUUCCGUUAGCGCCUUUGUGAUGCAUAGAUCCGAGGAAAUUUGGGGGCCGGAUGCACAUAAUUUCAAUCCUGACCGGUGGUACUCGGCAGAUAUCUCUUCGAAAGAGAAGUGUUUCAUCCCAUUUGGUGGUGGCUACAAUGCUUGCCCCGGUCAGCACCUUGCAAGAAUGGAAGUCGCCAAGAUCUGUGCUACUAUAGUCAGGGAUUACGACAUAAGGCAGGUCGAGCCACAGAAAAAGUGGUCGUACAAAGCGUACUUUGGUGUGGUUCCACAUUCUUGGCCCGUGUUUGUUGACAACAGAGCGGGCUGGGAGCAUCAUUGGUAA